AUUUUUCCCCCCUGCAUCAGGCUGCUCAUUGUAAAACAUUCUUUGACCAAUCACAAACUUUAGUAUGUCUAGCAUGCUGCUUUGCACAAUGCGCACUGUUCAUAAAAGCCCACAUUAAAAAUCACACAAACUUGAGGUUGUCUGCAAUUCCGCGGCAAUUUGGUGUUAGCAGUCGGCCACUCUGGGGAUGGGAUGAAGUGACUGCCAUGGUUGGUUCUGACGGAUGUAGCCUAUCACCGUAUACCUAUACCUGCAUCAUGGCUGUCUCGUCGUUCUCCUCCAGUCUCUUGCUCCCUCUCCUAAUUUCCUCCCUGGACUGGUUGUCCACUCCAGGUUCUGCAUUUCUCUCGGACCGGGACCACAUGACAUCAUCAGCCCCCCUUGAGCCUCAUUUCACAGAGUGCAUUUCAAGGGACCAGGAGACAUUCCGCUGUUGGUGGAGUCCAGGCACCUUCCACAACCUAUCGUCCCCUGGUGCACUCACAGUUUUCUACCUUAAGAAAGAUUCUCCAACCAGUGAAUGGAAAGAGUGUCCAGAAUACAACCAUUCAAAACGGGAGUGCUUCUUUGAUGUAAACCACACAUCCGUCUGGAUCCCCUACUGCAUGCAGCUCCGCAGCCAAAACAACGUCAUCUUUUUCAAUGAGGACGACUGCUUCACUGUGGAAAAUAUUGUACGUCCUGACCCACCAGUGUCUCUAAACUGGACCCUCCUGAACAUAAGUCCCUCUGGUCUAAGUUAUGAUGUCAUGGUCAACUGGGAGGCCCCACCCUCUGCAGACGUUGGGGCGGGCUGGAUGCGCAUUGAAUAUGAGAUUCAGUACAGAGAGAGAAAUGCCACAAACUGGGAAGCGUUGGAGAUGCAGCCGCAAACCCAGCAGACAAUCUACGGUCUGCACAUAGGUAAAGAGUAUGAAGUGCACAUCCGCUGCAGGAUGCAGGCCUUCACUAAGUUUGGAGAGUUCAGUGACUCCAUCUUCAUUCAAGUGACUGAGAUUCCCAGAAGAGAUAAUACUACCCCACUCACACUUAUUCUUGUUUUCGGGAUUGUGGGCAUCCUCAUACUCCUCAUGCUUAUUGUCAUCUCUCAGCAGCACAGAUUCAUGAUGAUUGUGUUGCCACCGGUUCCUGCACCCAAAAUUAAAGGCAUUGAUCCAGAGCUGUUAAAGAGGGGGAAGCUGGACGAGCUGAAUUUCAUCCUGAGCGGUGGAGGUAUGGGUGGCCUGCCCACAUAUGCAGCAGAUUUCUACCAAGACGAGCCAUGGGUGGAGUUCAUCGAGGUGGAUGCGGAGGAUGCAGACACUGCAGAGAAGGACGACAACCAGGGCUCAGACACCCAGAGGCUCCUCGGUCUGCCCCAACCCGUGAGCCACCACAUGAACAUAGGGUGCUCCAAUGUCAUUAGCUUCCCUGAUGAUGACUCAGGCAGGGCCAGCUGUUAUGACCCAGAUCUGCCCGACCAAGACGCUCUAAUGCUGAUGGCCACUCUACUGCCAGGCCAGCCAGAGGAUGAAGAAGCCUCCCUCGAUGUUGUUGAAAGAGCCCCAACCCCAGAGAGGGGCGAGAGGCCCCUCAUCCAAACCCAAACUGCAGGGCCCCAGACUUGGGUCAACACAGACUUCUAUGCCCAGGUCAGCAAUGUUAUGCCCUCCGGAGGCGUGGUGCUGUCUCCUGGCCAGCAACUCCGAAUCCAGGAGAGCACCUCAGCCACAGAGGACGAAACACAGAAGAAAGGACAAGAGUGCGAAGACAGUGAGGAGACUGAGGAAAAGAAGCAGAAAGAGCUGCAGUUUCAGCUGCUGGUGGUGAAUCCUGAAGGAAGCAGCUAUACCACAGAGAGCAAUGCCCAGCAGAUCAGCACUCCCCCUUGCUCCCCCAUGCCUGGGGAAGGGUACCAAACCAUACCCCCUCCACCAGUGGAGACCAAGCCCGCAGCCACAAUGGAGGAUAACCCUUCGCCUUACAUUCUUCCUGACUCUCCCCAGUCCCAGUUCUUUGCUCCUGUUGCAGACUACACGGUGGUGCAGGAGGUGGAUAGUCAGCAUAGCCUGCUCCUCAACCCCCCUCCCCACCAGUCUCCCCCCCCUUGCCUGCCACAGCACCCCCCCAAGGCCCUACCCGCUAUGCCUGUGGGGUACAUCACCCCAGACUUGCUGGGGAACCUCUCGCCGUGAAAUGACAAUGCCAUUGGGCCUUUAGGUGUAAAGCUGAUUGACCAGGAAGUCCCCUGCAGUCACAAAAGCCUGUUUCUACCUGAUUCCUGCUGGAAACCAAAUAACUCGUAGCACACAGUGUGGGUGGGAAUGUAUAGGUGUUUGUUUUCAGAGGGUGCUGAAAGGGAGACAUAAAAAGCUACAAGUCAUCCUUUCACAUCUGCUACAUCAAUUCAUUUGAUGCAGAGGCUACCUAAAGUAAAUGUUAAAAAAAAGAAAUAAAUGCACAGUUUGCUCUGUUUGUUGACAUCAGUGCACAUGACACACACAAACAAUAGGCUGAGACUGUGAAUGCAAAAAGUCCAAAAAGCAUUAGCUCACUGCUAGCCUUCCUUGGAUCGCAUUACAUCUCUGGCUAAUUGUGUUUAGAGCAGUGACAUUGCUGAAGUCUUAAUCUCACAGAGAGAUGUCAGUGUAUGGUUGACUGGGAGAAGAUAAGCACAGUCUAGUCAUGUUUUUCACACCACACCGUGAAGAAGUCAUUGCUGUUGUUGAUACCUCUUGCUGGCAGAGGUGCUUUGCUGCUCAGUUGUGGCUUAUUUUAUAUUCUUAAAUUUCUAAUUUCAUCAUGUCAUAUUAAUCAUAUUAGUACUUUGCUAGAGUUAUAUUUUUAUACAAAAAGGCAUUAGCUGAAGAAAAAAAAAAUCCACCCUAAAAUACAGUUGAAAACACAACUAUGCAGUUUUAUCUUGCAUUCCUGGCUUCAUUUUGUUUAAUAGUAUGCUGUUCAUAUUUUCAUGAUUAAGUGGCCAAACGGAUUAUAUGAUGUCAUGAGAGUUUGCUCCAAAAAUAAAUAAAUAAAAUAAAAUAAAAUACAGUACAAAUGUACACACACAGACAUGAACAACCAGGACAACAAACACCAUCAACAACCAACAUAUGCUAUUACUAUUACAUUGUUUUCCUUCCUUUGGGGAUGUUUAAAGGAAUUCUGGGAAGUGGUUAGGGUUAGAAAAUCACCCACUGAAAUAGAAGUAGUGGUGACAAAUAAAAGGGAAAUGACAACAUUUCAUUAUAAACUAAUUCUUGAAAUGCACUGAAUAUUAAGGACUGAUUAUACAUGUCCCAACAUGGAAUUUUCUCCUAACCUGAGUUUAUUUAUUUUCAUUUUAUUUUGACAUUCAUACUGUACUGUGAACACAUAUCACUUACAGCACUGAACAGCAAUUCUUGUAUUAAGAGGAAGGAUUUAUUCAGAUUCAAUCACAGUUGGGAGCCACUCAAUACAAGCAGUGCUGUAGUACAAUGAGCACCACCAAGUGCCUUGCACAGCGGCACAUUGAUAAAGUUAUUUAUGAGAAGGGAACACCCAAGAAAAUAGGUACUGCAUUACAUCUUGUAACAGCAGCAAAGUCUCACCUUCAACCAGCACUCACUCAUAAUCUGUCACUUGAAGUGAAACCUUAACAAGCAGACUUUCUACUUGGGAGUUUCUUUUUUCUUCUCAUGUUGCAUUAUUAUUGUGGGGACAGCAACUGGAGCAGGUUGAAAGACUGUGAAAGUAUGUAAUAGCUGUAAUUAGUUAACAUUUUAUACUUCUAAUCUGCCAAGUACACCGUGUUAACGACCUGUGCCUAUGAUAGUGUUAUUGGCUUGCCAUAUCUGUGCUAAGGUAUGCUUAUGUAAUUAAGAUUUGUGCAUUUAUGCAUAUACAGGCAUGUACUACUAUUUAGGUGAAUUGGUGUAAAGCCUCUCUGUGCGUAGAUUCACUACUAAAAACCUGUACAUGCACUAACACAGUCACAUGCACACACACACACACACAUGCACACACACACACACACUACACUCUAAGUAUUUGCCUUAAUUGAUUUAAUUUUGCCUUCUUAACAUAGCCAUAAAAAUUAUGAUCUGAAAAUUGUCUCAGAAAAUAGUUGCAAGAGCGAACAUUUUCUGAGGACAUUCAACUGUAAUUUGCAUGUUUCCGAUAAUGCCCAUAAAACUGACCACAAUUUCCAAACCAAAAAUGUUGAUCAGGGCUAGUAGAGCAGAGUUCCAAGUUCUGGUCUGAUAGAGCGUCAAAUUCAUAAAUUGUGGAUUUCUUAGAAAACCUGAGUCAGAUAUAGUUGGCAAGAUGUGUGUGUAAUUCGGCAUGCAUAUAUGGAUUCCUAGGUACUUUGCACCCAUGCUUUUCAUAAAAUAACCACAUUUAGGAUAUUAUUUAGGCGGAAUGUGUUACAUAAUCAAUUAUUGGUCACAUUAGUGUAAUGUAAGCUUAUUAUAAUGGAAAAAGAGACCUUUUAUAAAGGUUCUAGGUUCAUCAUAUGUUUUCAUCCUAUGAAUUCUGUCAUAAAGAUUUUGACAAUAUGCCUGUGACAAAUACAGCAGCAUAGCAUAAUGCAUAAUAUAAGCUAUCUAAGCUUAGGCUAACAAAGGUUGUGCGAUAUGCAUGGUUUUGUGAUACAACACAAUGAAUUUUCAUUUCAUCAGGUCUAUGAAUGAGUCAGAGAUGAGCACAUCUCAUCAUAAACAAAGCGUACUUCACAGUGCAAAGGAAACACACUCUGCCUUUGAAUUAUAUUGUUUUGGACUCAUCCUUGAGAUAAGCAGAAUGGUGACUCAUAUAAAAUAGGUAUUUUGUAUUAGACAAUCCCAUAAUGAAGAGAAACAAAACAAGAGCCAUAAACUGACAAUUUU